UAAUUUAAUGAAAAACACAAUUCUAAACGGUGGCGCUUGGGUAGAAGCAAUUCCCUCAGUGGAGGCGGCUCUUAAACUAGCUAAAGAGGCGGUUUGAUUGCAUAUAAUUCUCUCCCUUCGACCUCUCGGACAAGAGGGUUUGAAACUUAAUAGAGUUGGGGUUCCUGAAAGAAUGGGCAUGGUCGGAAGCGAAGUAGAAGAAGAAGGUGCUUCAAUCAAAGCUCUGGGCUCUCUCUUCAAGCUUACCCAAAUCCAUCUAUGGGAAGAUGGGUCGACAGAUACUUGUUUGGUUCCUCUCUUCCACGAACACAAAGACAGGUUUGAAGAUAUGGGAUUGAUACAAGAGAUGAAGGCUCUGGGUCUCCCUGUUGCUUUUCAGACCAAUAAGGAGUGGAAGAACAGAACCAAGUCUAUCCCCCAAAAGAAAAGAAUCAAGGAUCGAUCAGACCAGGUUAAUGUUGACGUUGCAUCCCCUCAGAGUUUGUUGGUAUCUGAUUGCUCUCCACAUCAUGCUAUUGGUGGUGAUGAGGAGGUUGAUGGAUCCUCUGUGGAAAACGAUUGUGUUCAAAUAAGUGCAGUAGAACAAAAUGAUGAAGUUGCUUGCUUGGGAGAUGGAGAUAGAGAUUCUUUGUUGACAUCAGAGGCAACAGAUUCUCGGAGCUACGAACUCGGCGAUGAGCAUGGCUCUAGUGAAUGGAAAGUUUACUGGGAUUCUUUCUAUGGACGCAAUUAUUUUUACAACGUUAUGACACAAGAGUCUACAUGGCAGCCACCGCUUGGGAUGGAGCAUCUAGCUUAUAGCCAUGAAACCCAUAACUUGAAUGAAUUUCCUACAGAGGCAACAGAGAAGCAGCCUGAUGACUUGCUCAGAAAUUUACCUGCGGAUGAUGUUCCUCCUGAACAAUCUGAUGAUCUUGGUGGGGUUUGUCAAAGUCAACAUGAAACAAAAACCCUAGAGGAAGUUAGCAGUUUGAUUGAUACAUACCAAGAAACUUCCAUUGGGAAUCAACUUCUGGAUGUUACUACUCUGGAAGAAGAGGGAAACGGUACAUCUGUUGUAAAAACAAUUAAGAAGGCUAAAAAGAAGACAAGAAGAAGUCGAGCGAAGAAGAUAUUCUCUUGUUCGAAUACAGGUGUUCCUGAUGAAUAUUCUGAUGUCCUUGGCAAGUACUGGUGCCAACGAUAUCUCCUCUUCUCCAGGUUUGAUGAAAGCAUCAAAAUGGACGAGGAAGGAUGGUUUUCUGUCACUCCUGAAGCUAUAGCUAAGCAUCAUGCCUCUCGGGGUAGCGGAGGUGUAGUCAUUGACUGUUUUACAGGAGUUGGUGGAAAUGCUAUUCAGUUCGCUUCGAGGAGUCAUUAUGUGAUUGCAAUUGAUUUGGAUCCAAAGAAACUUGAUUUAGCGAAGCAUAAUGCUGCCGUAUAUGGCGUUGCUGAUAAAAUCGACUUUGUGAAGGGAGACUUCUUUGACUUGGCUCAUAACUUGAAGGCAGGCACUGUGUUCCUAUCGCCUCCAUGGGGAGGCCCUGAUUAUCUUAAAGCGAGUACGUAUGACAUGAAGACAAUGUUGAGACCUCGUGAUGGAGACGCUCUAUUUACUGCGGCCGUGAACAUCGCAUCGACUGUUAUAAUGUUUCUUCCUAGAAAUGUUGAUAUUAACCAAUUGGCAGAGCUAGCCUUAUCAACAUCUCCUCCAUGGUCACUUGAGGUAGAAAAGAACUACUUAAAUGGGAAGCUGAAGGCAAUAACAGCAUACUACUUCAGACAAGAUGGUUGUUAAAACUAGGAAUAAGACACAGAUUCUUCUCACCCAUCAAUGCACGAAUGCCACAGUAUCUGCAUUUGUGUCAGCUUGGGGAAUUCAAGUGAAUGACAAUGUAUUUGGAAUCAUAGGUUUUAUGCGUUUGUAUAUAUAAAAUUUGUUUUGUAAACUGUGUUAUUGAUUACUCAGCUUCUUGUCACACAUUUCUUCAAACUGUAAACUUGUGAAUGAACUUGUGCAGAAACAUCUA